UUUAUUGUGUACAGACCCCAUACUGCCCCGUCAAAUAAAACCACAAGGCUUCGAGCCGCCCGGCCGACAAGCUCCGGGUCGGCGGGGAGGGAGACUAGACCAGGCAGAGCCCGCAGGCCACCAGGAGCGCUUUGCAGGCGUGACGUGAGGGGGGCGGGGCGAGGGCGGCUCCCUUCGCGGGCUCCGCCAAUCGUGAGCUGGACUGCGUGGGACGAAGGAUCGUCAUUGGACGUCCGCCACGGGCGGCCCUGGGCUCUGCUACCUGUAGCUAGGGGCGCAGCUGAUCGGCAGAGCGGCGCGCCGGGAAAGCUCGUUCUCGCGAGAGUUCUCCCUUCUUGGCGGUGGCUGCUGCAGCACCCUGAAGACCGACAUGGACGCUCUCGAGGACUACGUUUGGCCGCGGGCAACCUCAGAGCUCAUACUCCUCCCGGUCACGGGUCUGGAGUGCGUGGGGGAUCGGCUGUUGGCGGGUGAGGGACCUGAUGUCCUGGUGUACAGCUUGGACUUUGGUGGGCAUCUGCGGAUGAUGAAGCGAGUGCAGAACCUGCUCGGCCACUACCUUAUCCAUGGGUUCCGGCUGCGGCCAGAGCCUAAUGGAGACCUUGACUCAGAGGCCAUGGUGGCUGUGUUUGGAAGCAAGGGACUCCGAGUCGUGAAAGUGAGCUGGGGACAGGGCCACUUCCGGGAACUUUGGCGCUCUGGCCUGUGGAACAUGUCUGACUGGAUCUGGGAUGCACGCUGGCUCGAGGGGAAUAUGGCCUUAGCCCUGGGCCACAACUCAGUAAUGCUGUAUGACCCUGUGAUAGGAUGUGUCCUACAGGAGGUGCCCUGCACAGAUAGGUGCACUCUCUCCUCAGCCUGCCUGAUUGGAAACACCUGGAAGGAGCUGACCAUAGUGGCAGGUGCUGUUUCCAACCAGCUUCUGGUCUGGUACCCAGCAACAGCCUUAGUCGAUAGCAAACCUGUGGCACCUGACCGACGUGUCAGUGGGCAUGUGGGUGUCAUCUUUAGCAUGUCGUAUCUGGAAAGCAAGGGCUUGCUGGCUACAGCUUCAGAAGAUCGAAGUGUCCGUAUCUGGAAGGUGGGUGACCUGCGGGUACCUGGGGGUCGGGUACAGAAUAUUGGGCAUUGCUUUGGGCACAGCGCCCGCGUGUGGCAGGUCAAACUCCUAGAAGAGUACCUUAUCAGUGCUGGAGAAGAUUGUGUCUGCUUGGUGUGGAGCCAUGAAGGUGAGAUCCUCCAGGCUUUUAGGGGCCACCAGGGCCGUGGGAUCCGGUCCAUAGCUGCCCAUGAGAGGCAGGCCUGGGUGAUCACUGGGGGUGAUGACUCAGGCAUUCGGCUAUGGCACCUGGUAGGUCGUGGAUACCCAAGCUUGGGGGUCUCAGCUCUCUGCUUCAAGUCCCGUAGUAGGCCAGGUGCCCUCAAGGCUGUGACGCUGGCUGGCUCUUGGCGACUGCUGGUGGUGACUGAUACAGGGGUCCUGUACCUCUAUGACCUCGAGGUCAAGUGCUGGGAGCAACUGCUAGAGGAUAAGCACUUCCAGUCCUACUGCUUGCUGGAGGCAGCCCCUGGUCCUGAGGGCUUUGGACUGUGUGCCAUGGCCAAUGGAGAGGGUCGUGUCAAGGUCGUCCCCAUCAACACUCCAACUGCUGCUGUGGACCAGACCUUGUUCCCUGGGAAGGUGCACAGCUUGAGCUGGGCCCUGCGUGGCUAUGAGGAGCUCCUGUUGCUGGCAUCAGGCCCUGGUGGGGUAGUGGCUUGCCUGGAGAUCUCAGCUGCGCCCUCUGGCAAGGCCAUCUUUGUCAAGGAGCGUUGCCGGUACCUGUUGCCCCCAAGCAAGCAGAGAUGGCACACAUGCAGUGCCUUCCUACCCCCAGGUGACUUCCUGGUAUGUGGGGACCGCCGGGGCUCUGUGCUGCUGUUCCCCUCCAGACCAGGUCUGCUCAAGGACACUGGGGUGGGAGGUAAGGCUCGGGCUGGUGCUGAUGCUGGAACACUUGGAGCUGGUAGUGGCAGUGGUGGGGAUGAGAAUGCUUUGGCUGGAUUGAGCCCUGUGUCCACCCUGCAUUCUCUGCAUGGGAAGCAGGGUGUGACCUCAGUCACAUGUCAUGGUGGCUACGUGUACACCACAGGGCGUGAUGGCGCCUACUACCAGCUCUUUGUGCGAGGUGGCCAGCUCCAGCCAGUCCUAAGGCAGAAGUCUUGUCGAGGCAUGAACUGGCUGGCUGGGCUCCGCAUGAUGCCUGAUGGGAGCAUGGUCAUCCUAGGCUUCCAUGCCAAUGAGUUUGUGGUAUGGAGCCCUCGAUCACACGAGAAGCUGCACAUCAUCAACUGUGGUGGAGGGCACCGAUCCUGGGCCUUCUCUGAUACUGAGGCAGCUAUGGCCUUCGCCUAUCUCAAGGAUGGGGAUGUUAUGCUGUACCGGGCUCUUGGUGGCUGCACUCGACCACAUGUGAUUCUCCGGGAGGGUCUCCAUGGCCGUGAGAUCACUUGUGUAAAGCGUGUGGGCCCCAUCACCCUGGGGCCUGAAUUUGGAGUACCUAGCUUCGAGCAGCCUGAUGACCUGGAGCCUGGCAAUGAGGGGCCCGGCCUGACUGACAUUGUGAUCACAUGCAGUGAGGACACUACCGUCUGUGUCCUGGCACUCCCUACAACCACAGGCUCAGCCCACGCACUCACAGCCGUUUGUAAUCAUAUCUCCUCGGUGCGUGCUGUGGCUGUGUGGGGCAUUGGAACACCGGGUGACCCUCAGGAUCCUCAGCCCGGCUUGACUGCCCAUGUCGUGUCUGCGGGGGGACGGGCCGAGAUGCACUGCUUCAGCAUCAUGGUCACUCCAGACCCCAGUACCCCAAGCCACCUUGCCUGCCAUGUCAUGCACCUUUCAUCCCACCGGCUAGAUGAGUACUGGGACCGGCAGCGCAAUCGGCAUCGGAUGGUCAAGGUGGACCCAGAGACCAGGUACAUGUCCCUUGCUGUGUGUGAACUUGACCAACCUGGCAUUGGCCCCCUUGUGGCUGCAGCCUGUAGUGAUGGUGCAGUGAGGCUCUUUCUCUUGCAGGAUUCUGGGCGGCUUCUGCAGCUCCUUGCUGAAACCUUCCACCAUAAGCGGUGCGUCCUCAAGGUGCACUCCUUUACACAUGAGGCACCUAACCAGCGGCGGAGGCUGCUUCUGUGCAGUGCAGCUACUGAUGGCAACCUGGCCUUCUGGGAUCUCACCACUGUGCUAGACCGUGGCUCCACUGCCCUGGAGCCUCCAGUGGACCCAGGGCUUCCCUACCGACUGGGCACCCCCUCCCUAACUCUCCAGGCUCACAGCUGUGGUGUCAACAGCCUGCAUACUUUACCUACACGUGAGGGCCAUCAUCUCGUGGCCAGUGGCAGUGAAGAUGGCUCCCUCCAUGUCUUUGUGCUUGCUGUGGAGAUGCCAGAGCUAGAAGAUGCUGUGGGGGAGGGUGACCUGGUACCCCAGCUGCGUGUGCUAGAGGAAUACUCUAUCCCCUGUGCACAUGCUGCCCAUGUAACAGGCCUCAAGAUCCUAAGUCCAAGCCUCAUGGUCUCAGCCUCCAUUGACCAGCGGCUGACCUUUUGGCGUCUGGGGCAUGGUGAGCCCACCUUCAUGAACAGCACUGUGUACCAUGUGCCGGAUGUGGCUGACAUGGACUGCUGGUCUGUGAGCCCUGAGUUUGGCCACCGCUGUGCUCUUGGAGGUCAGGGGCUUGAGGUUUACAACUGGUAUGAUUGAGGUAUCCCGCGGUGGCCGGUGUGCUGGGCAUGGGGGCCUGCUCGCAGACAGAGUAGAACAGGGAUUGACUGUGCUCAUGCCCAGUAUGCCCUGAGGGGAGGAAGAGGCAGCCGCGGGUUCAGGAGCUGGAGGUAAGUAGAGUGCUGCCAGGAAUAUACCCCACUUUCCACAACAGGACAAAACUUUGUAACAAUAGCAUUUUAUUUUGGCUCCAGACUCUUGACGUGUGUGGGCUUUGGUUUUUUUCCCCAGUUGAUGACUUUGUGAACAUUCCCAGAUACUGGGGCCUCUGUGGCCUUAGAUGUGGCUCAGUGGAGGAAGACCCAGCAUAGCCAGGCCAGUGUGGAGCACCUCACGAAUGGCCCUCAGAAGCUGUAGGCGGGCAAACAUAUGACCAAAGAGGUGUGGUCGAGGCUCCUGGAGGAGAAAGGGCUGCUGGUCUUACCCUCUGCUGUCCUUACCUUUACUCUGCACCUCCUACCCCGUUUUGCUGUGUGCUUACCCCUAGGAUGUGUACCCGGUUGUAGUAUGAGCUGAAAUCCAUGCUAAGUUGUACCAGAAACUUGCACAUCUAGAGAUAGAGACCGAGUCACUGGCCUGUCUUCUUUGCUGUCAUUCCCCAUCCCAGAAUAAAGAUUAGAGUGUGGAAUGUC